AGGAUGUUGCCUGCGGCUGGCGGCCCAGUGGAUUCUGGGAAUUGUAGUCCCAGCCAUCCAGGGCAUUGCCGUUCAGGACCACGGGAGAACCUGACUGCGCUCCCAGAAGCCUCCGGUGUGCCUCUCUGGGAACGCACUUCCUGGGACGCUGAGAGGGAGACGCUCUAAGAGGCUCCUCAGUGUGGGCGAGUAAAAUGCCCUGCGUGUGAGAAGCAGGCUCAGAUUAUUGCUACUGUGUAUUCAGAUCUGCAUGUGUUUCUUCUAAGCUGAAUAAAGCUGUUUUGGAACUGUCAGGUACCUCAAAGGUCUGACUGACAGCACUCCACAAGCUUGCCUGCCAUGGGCUGUCGGGAUGUCCACGCAGCCACAGUCCUUUCCUUCCUAUGUGGAAUCGCCUCAGUAGCAGGCCUCUUUGCAGGGACUCUGCUUCCCAACUGGAGAAAAUUACGAUUGAUCACAUUCAACAGAAACGAGAAGAACCUGACUGUUUACACAGGCCUGUGGGUGAAAUGUGCCCGGUAUGACGGGAGCAGUGACUGCCUGAUGUACGACACUACUUGGUACUCAUCAGUUGACCAGCUGGACCUGCGUGUCCUCCAGUUUGCCCUACCCCUCAGCAUGUUGAUCGCCAUGGGUGCCCUGCUGCUCUGCCUGAUUGGAAUGUGCAACACUGCCUUCAGGUCCUCGGUGCCCAACAUCAAACUGGCCAAGUGUCUGGUCAAUAGUGCAGGUUGCCACCUGGUGGCUGGGCUGCUAUUUUUCCUGGCAGGUACUGUGAGCCUCUCCCCAUCUAUCUGGGUCAUCUUUUAUAACAUCCAUCUGAACAAGAAGUUUGAGCCAGUCUUUUCAUUUGACUAUGCAGUGUAUGUCACUAUUGCUAGUGCUGGGGGCCUGUUUAUGACUUCCCUUAUACUGUUUAUUUGGUAUUGUACAUGCAAAUCUUUGCCUUCUCCUUUCUGGCAACCACUGUACUCCCAUCCACCCAGUAUGCAUACUUACUCACAGCCCUAUUCAGCACGCUCUCGCCUCUCUGCCAUUGAAAUUGACAUUCCAGUAGUUUCACACACCACUUAAUGGGGAAAUAGUUAAUUGUUAAAGAAAACUUCUUGUAGCCUCACAUUCCCCUUGUGCAAGGAGGUCUUUUGGACCUAUAUACAUUUUCCUUUGUUUUUGACCAAUCAACGAAGCCAAAUUUGUAUGUCCUGGUAGAAUGAAGUGCUGCUAGUUUUUAUGAGAAGUACAUUAUUUUAAAUGUGAAUUUUUUUAUUUUGCUUCUUACACUGGAAGGAAUUUUAGCCUUCAUAUUGAUAUCUAAUUAAUUAUUUAAGUGGAAGAGGCCUGCAUCACAAUUGAGGUAAUUUAGAGCAACAUGUUAAAGAAUCAUGGUUAGCAGAAGCUGUUGUAUACAAUCUUCAUGAAUAUUUCAGUGUGUAUUUUUCUUUUUCUAUAAUACCUUUAACUGCAAAGAAAAGGCAGUUUCAAAUAUAAGAAAUUUAUUUCAGGUAAGGGUAAUAUUUUAAUAGUAGUCAAUAAUCUAGCUUAAGGCUGUAACUCUUCUCUCUCGGGGCUAAUUGUAUGAAUAGGUGUCAGUAUGUUGAAGAUUACUUUCUUUUGUGACUUUCUUCUACCUCAUGCCAGUGUUUAAAAGUAAAAUGUAUUUUAAAUGAUGUUAGACUAAGACCACCAUUCUAAAUAUCACCUACUUAUGAAUAACAUAUAAUAAUUUUUAACAUUAAUGAUUCCAUAAAUUGUGUUAUUGGGAUUAGAAUGUGCUUUAUGAUAGGUUAGUGUUUCCUCUGAGGCAGAGAACCCUUUUUUGGAGAUAUCAUCCAUCAAACAGUACUCAUGCCCGUAUACAAUCUCUUAGUGGCUAAGAGAAGUAAAUAAAAGGGCCAUAAUUGUUUGUUCUCUUUCAGACAUAAUUUAGUAGGGGACAAGAAGUCUGUUCUUCAGUGACUACAAUAGAGAUUUACUCUGGUGACUGCCUUUUGAGUUAUGGGUGAUGUAAGGUAUGGCUUUGCCAUAACUUUGAUUCAUUCACCCUUGAUUCAUUUCCCACCCCUGUCACUGAUUAUUUCCUUGAGCAUAUAUCUCUGCCUAACACUUUAGUAGGUGCUAUAGAGGAUACCUGAAAAGUAUGAGAUCUGGUCCCAUCCAGUAAGACAUUUUAAUAGAGAAGAUCAAAAUGUUACCUGACAGUUGGGGAAUAGUCUGACUUCAUUGGCAGUUGGCCUUAACUUCUUAAUCAUUGAUCCAGGAAUAUUUCAACCAGAAACACAACUUUCUGGCAGACAGACAAAUUGCACAACACCAACAAUAUCCUGGACCUUGAAAUUCUGUUUACUUCAGUCCAUUGUAUACUUAAGGCACCUGUGCUAGCCUAGAUUUUGUAAUAGCACUGAUUUAUGAGAAUGGGCAAAAGUGGUAGAGAAAUUGUUCCCUCUCCACUUCUGAAAGUAUGAUGAUGUAUUAAGGAUGGAGGAGUUAUUUUUGAUGAGGUAACAAUUAGAUGAAAACCAUGUUAAAACUGAGAUGAACACUUAGAAAUUCAGGGAUAUUGGGUCUUUAGCCUUAUGAAUUUGAGCUGCUUAUUUAAUUGGUGUAAUUUGCUACAUAUUAGUACUAUAUUCAUAAGGAUUUUUUAUUAACCAUUACAGAUUUUACAAACAGCUAGUUAUAUGGUAAACAGAUUAUUAUGCCUUUUUGCAAUUCUGAAUAUGAUUCUAGUAUUUGUGUAGAUGAUUUGGUACUUUUCCCCCAAUUCCAACACUAGUUUAUAUAUAUAUAGCAAAUAAAUCUAGUUGUAUACAUUUUUAAAUGCUGUUAGUAGAAAGCAC